AAGAAGGUAGGCGAAAUGGCAUCCAUGUUUCUCGAAACCAGAAAGGCGUUGCAGAUUGACUGCAACAUCUUGGAUCCCAUCAACGAUAAUGCCACCCCCAGCGUAGCAGGCACUGAAAUCUCGAGAAAGACCAUAAUCCGUGCAGAAAGGGUCAAGUCAAUGAUCAGUGUCAAGUACCUCUACAUCCAGAGGCUCUACGAGAUCUCAGAGCAAGAAACCCAGCACCCAGGAGUGGAGGAUGUCUAUAACCCGCUUCAGAUCAUACGAAACCGUAAGAUCAGGGCCAAGUACGGCGAAUACCCAAAACCCCUUAGCAUCAAAACUCUCCCUUUGGCCUCCAAUGUGUUCAGCAAGAAUAACACCAACCCCAAAAAGCCCUGGAAAAUGCUCUGGGCUAUCGAGUUACCUGAGAUAAUGGGCAACCUCCUUUGGUCCAGAAGCCACUGGCACGAGCUCAAGAACGCCAAGGGCCAGUUGUGGUUUCCUGCUGAAAGAAACCUGUCACACUCCUCCUCUUCCUCCUCGGCAGAAUUGAAGCACAGACUACACGAUAAACUUUUCAACGACGAACUCAAGGAAGAAAGUUCCGACAAGAAAACUAGAAGAAGGCACCUGUCAUCAACUACCACCAGCAAUGACAGCGAUGGACAUUUCUUCAAAAUUACCUCCUCGAGGUCGCCCAUGAGACUUAAAGAUAGAAUGAGAAAACAUACCCGCAAGAUAUACGCCCAUUCUUCUUCUUCUUCCAAUGCAGGCGAUGAUGAUGAUGGUAAGUUAGGCUAUAAUAUACCCAAGAUCAAAGAUCCUAUGAAGGAUCAAAUUUUCAAGCGAGUUUCUACUUCGCCAGAGAGAUCUGAUGAGUCUAGGCCGCUUGAUCCAACAACCCCUCCAGCACCAAAACUAAGAGUUAUCUCACCAACACAAGAGCUUGAUGUCAACGAUGUGCGUAUACGCUCAGUUGAUAGGCGAAUUGGCUCUGUCGAUGAUUCAUACGAAGUCGUACCACUAUUUGGUGAAGACGAACCGGAUAGCGAUGUUCUCGCUGAAAUUGUCAAAUGCCCUGAGCCAGACCUCAGAGUGAAAGAACUUCAAGAGGCAAUUAAGAAUUUUAAUUACUUCGAACAGGUGAUAAGUCUUCGAAUGAAUUACGUUGUCAACAUCUAUCCUCAUUUAACCAAAUCAAUUGACACUGCCCUUGAAGGGAUCCUUAACGAACAGUUGCGCGAGCUUUUCGAACUCACCAUGAAAAUCAGUGACGAGCAUUUACCUAUCUAUGAGCAGUUGUAUAGUGGGUUCCUCAAUGAAGUCAAGGCUAUCAACCAUCUUAUUAACGAUGAUUAUUCUAUAAAGAUUGAUAAUUUAUUAAGUACUAGUGACAGAUCGAUUGGAGAAAUCAAUACUUCUCUUUCCUUAGAAUUGAGAAAGAUUAAUGAAAGGAUUGAUAAAUUGAACUCUUCAUUGUUCAGCAACAAUGUUGUCACAGAAACCUUCAAAGACGCCGAAUUGAGCUUGAAGUUAAAGAAUGGGAACAACUACAAAAUAUUAUACUCUGCAUUGGAGAAUUUAAUCGUGAUCUUAUUAAAAUUUAUUUGGGUGAUUGUGAAUAUUUACAAGUUCUUUGCUUACUUGGUAAAAUUGGUGAUACGAAUGUUCCGGUUUCUUCUU